CAGGAGGUCUCUUCCAUUACCCUGAUAUCUCUUCUCACUUGCAUAUUAACUCGUUACUAACAUCAUCCCACAACAGUCUCCUGCUUGCUAGCGCCCAAAGAGCAAGCGGCGACAACUGACAGAAACAUUUCAUUCAUAUUCGGGUCUCAUUGGGCUCCUUCUCUCCGACUUACAGGCGCUGACUCGCUUGAUUUAAGACCCCUGACCAGUCGGAUUGGUGCGUAAGGCGCUUGCUUCAGUGGUGUGGUGCGCUAUUGCGCCCAAUUGUGCCCCACUACAGCCUCCAGGUCCCGGGCCCGGACGUGCCAACGGGCGACCUUACCGGGUACAGUACUGUCUCCCCCAGGUCACUUCUCGCGAGGAUUGCUAAGGUGGGCAAUCCAUCGAUUGAUGGCCUUCCUCGCUCGCUUCUCUAACCUAACUUCACCUCACACUCAUCACAAUCCAUCUUGGGAUCACAUCCUACCCCAGUUCAGUUCAGCCCAGGCCAGGCCCUCUUUGGUUUCUCGCCUCGCCUAGAGCGCAAGCGCAGGCAUUUUUGAUCAGACAGCUACUGUACAGCGUGGUGCCCUUGUUCCCGAGCACCGGCAGCAAGACCAGGGCAUUGUUUUCUCUUCUGUUCUGUUUCUGUUUCUGUCCAGUUGCUAUUACUUCUGCUUCUGCUUCUGCUUCUCUACGCUCCUUCGCACUCCCACUCCACACUUGUAACCGACUCAUCUCGUGCUUUGUCGCCUGACGACUGGUCGUCUGGCAUCAUCUGCAUUAGGGCUUGGCUCAGCGUUGACUAUUAUACUUGGAACUCGACUGGAGCCCUUGCUGGCUCACGCCUUAGCGCUACGGCUGACUUGACGUCCGCCGCCUCGACAGCUCAACUCGAACGAGACCAACUUCGAGCGUCGAGCAUUACAAACGCAAAUCAAAAUAUCGCAUCGAGCUCUCCAGUGCAGAGAUCGCUUUUUUCCACACAUUUUGCCGCUUCAAUCUCGCUGCCGAUACCUAGUUCUUUAGCGCACCGUCUAACUGUCAGUCUUACUGCAGCCCCGCGAGACCUUCUCUGCUGCACGCUCAUCCUUCGGCGGUUGCGCGGCCGCGUGCGCCAGAUCGCACGACUGUCGCUAGACCUUUUCCUAAAAGGCAUGUCGACAACGGCAGUUAUGUCUACGACUUCUUCUCCAGUGACCUCUCCUUCAGCAGCCGCAUCCUCUUCUCCGAACCCUAAUCACCCCGCGCUGCCACCUCUAAUCACCUCUCCGCCUUCGCGCCGAAGCAUACAAUCGCGACCAAUGUCUCACGUUUCCAGAAGCCGACUUUCCCAAUACUCGACGGGCUCUCUGCCUACGAGAUCCCGUCCGACCUCACAUAUGUUUCCGAUGUUUCCCUCGACUCUCUCAUAUACUCAAGUGCGGGACUUUGCGUACCCUGCUACUCAUCCUCUGCACUAUGGGCCGCCGCCAGAACCUUCGGGACCGCCUUCCGGUAUGACAACGCCCGCAAGCGAGCAUCGUAGGUUAUCAGAUCCCCCAGUGUCGUGGGAAACACGUAUGCCUUGGGAGUCGUGGGGUACAGAUGGAUUCAACCGUGGCCAUGAUUUGGCCCCCAUCCAAUUCGACGGUGGGCCCCCAUAUAGCGAAGACGAGGAUCUGCAAAGCCCUGUUGUAGCUACACGCCACCGCAAGCAUAAGUCAACCUCGGCAGCGACAACGCUGAGGGGGAGGACAGGUCGCGAUCUUGAUAUGCAUUCUUCGAACUAUGAUCAUGAGCGGGGUUACUAUAUGGGAACUAGCGGAGACGGUAGCGAAACAUAUUAUGUCAAUAACAGCGGCGAGGCCAACGGCCCUGGUGGAGAUUUUGUUACAUAUCCUCCAGAGCAGGCAAGACACAGUCGGGCAUAUCACAUUGCCCAGCAACCCCGGGCUGCCGAGGGCGGUGAGUACUAUCAGCCCGAGUCUGACAGUUCCCCAUCGUCUCCAGGCUACAAUGACGAGGACCAGUCUCGCUAUUCACGAGAUUACCAGUUUACUAUUACAUCGCCGGACGAGGAGUUCCACGGCAAGGCCGUCGCCCUGUUCGAUUUCGAGCGGGAAAACGAGAACGAAUUGCCUCUAGUUGAGGGCCAGAUUAUCUGGGUGUCGUACCGGCACGGGCAAGGCUGGCUGGUGGCUGAGGAUCCGAAGACGCAGGAAAGCGGCCUGGUGCCCGAGGAGUAUGUCCGACUACUUCGCGAUAUUGAGGGAGGAAUGAACAGCUUGGCUGGUCACCUUGUGGAGGGAACUGGCUCCCCUGAUGUGGGCACACCUACUCAAGCGGAGCAUAGCGCCAAUCGUGUCGAUGUUCUCGACCUCGAGCAAAGACCUUGACCCGUAUCCCACUGAGCAACUGGGCCUCCACUCCGGACAACCGCCUCCCCAAGUUAUUCACUAUCACGGGCAACGGGGAGGUAGCCAAGCAAACACACCGACGAUUGCUCAGCCUCAAGAUACUGGUAUUUUGAGGAGGGAGAGUCACGACAGUGGAACAAAGAGGGACUCGAAUGUUACACCAGUACAGACGAAGCCACCAAUGGAGUUGGUCGAGCCAGGGGGCUGUGAGGAAGCGAGAGGAGAGGAAAGGUGAUAUGGUGAUUGAAUAAUAACGAAUUGCAUGCCAUGCUUGAAGAGACGUUCACGAUUCGAUGUAUUCUUCUAAUGGAGCGGGCGAAUAUACCAAUAAUACCACAGCAAACUCCGACCGCCGUCAACAGGUGACUUGAGAUUAUGUAUAAAUAUGCCACGUUGGCAUGAUGGGAGACGGCAAUGUUCUCAGUCUUGUUUAAGGGCAAAAGUUAUCUAGAUUGGCUGUAUGGAGUUAUGACGGAGGACAGAUCAAUGAAUACAGAGAUCUGUUGAGCUAGGUAAUGAGAAAAAGGAGUUCCAAGGGGAACUACCGAGAGAUUCAGAGAAGAUGAAAGUGGUGUUGGACGGGGUUAGUGCUAUAUCGCAGUAAUAAAAGGCCGAUGUUUCGGUAAUCUAUAUAUGAACCUAUUAAGAUAGUAUAUCCUGAUGCACCCAUCAUAAAAUAACCGAGUUCCCC